UUUAAACCACAGCAAUGGCGACCACGGGCGGUCUCCUAUCCUCCGCCAUCAUCGACCUCCCCCAGUUCCAACCCUUUCACCGAUCCCCAACUCUAACCCUAACCUUCUGCUUAUGCUAUAGGGGAUCCUCGAUCUCGAUUGAUGCUCUCCUAUGGCGAACGCUACUUCAUUCUGCGGGUUCUUCCUCCACUUCCUCCUCCUCCUCGCCGCCGUCGCUGUGGCCGUUUCAGUCGCCUCGGAGCUCCGCCGACCAUACCUAUCGCAGGCUUACAACCACACCGUCCUUCUUGAUGACGACCAAGUCGCCUUCUUUUGGACUCUGCACUCCGAUUCCAUCUCCAUCGCGGCUCGGAGCAAGAAGACCUCUACCAGCGGAUACCUCGCGAUCGCGAUCGGGGACGGUAUGGUGAACAGCCACGCCUACGUCGGGUGGACGGACGCAGACGGGAACGGAAGGGUGAGCACAUACUGGAUCGACGGCAAGGACGUUUCGAGGUUGCAUCCGACGAGCGAGAAGCAGCUCGCGGAUGCGAGAUUCCAGUCCGAAAAGGGGCUCCUUUCCUUGGAGUUCCGUCGCCCCCUGUCGCCCCCCUGCGUCGGCCGGCCGGAGUGCGAAAACCACAUCGAUCCGGAUCUUCCUCUCCCGAUCGUGUGGGCGCGGGGUGCCCGGUGGUCGGACACGCGGCUAAGCUGGGGAAACAUGCACGCCAUUACCAGCGACAGGGCCGUUAGGGUUCUGCUGACACAUGGCACGGUCGAAGAGGUGAAAGGGGUUCCCUUGGCGUACGCCGUCCACGGAUUCUUCAUGUUCAUCUCCUGGGGCAUCUUGUUGCCGUGUGGAGUAUUAGCCGCAAGGUACCUUUGCCGACAAUGGCAUCUCCGACUACAGUCGUCGGGACUGGCCCUUGCCCUAAUCGCCAUCGUCCCCGCCGCUUUCGAACUCCGAGGGCUCGUCCUCAGCUCCACCCAUUCCGCGAUUGGCAUCGCCGCAAUGUCGAUGGCCUGCGCACAGCCAAUCAACGCCUAUCUAAGACCGAAACCACCCGCCGCCACCCGCGAGGUUGCUUCAGGGGCGACGAUUCUGUGGCCGAGCAUCCAUUUCUGGAUCGGGAGAUCUGCAAUUCCUGUCGGAAUCGUUGCAAUCCUCAGUGGGCUCAAGCAAGUGGCCGACGCAUACGACUGCGAGGCAGUGGAUGCGGCGACCUGGGCGUUCAUGCUGUGGGUUUUGGUCGGUGCAGCUGUGGCGCUGUUCUUGGAGUACAUGGAAUUGAAGCGAAGCAGAAAAGAAAGGAACUCCUUUGCAGGCAGAUUUGGGUCGCAAGGCAAUGGAGAAGAAGAAGAAGAGUGCUCCAUUGAUCUACUGAAGUCUCAGGAACCACCUGGAAGAAGCCAAGUGCAGCUUGAAUCUUUGAAUUAAGUGAGGCACAAUUAUGAGCAUUUGGCAACCAAGACCAAUAGCAUGCUCUACUUGUGAAUCAGACGGGUAUGUCGAAUGCAAGUGGUGUGCUGGCACCGGCUUCUUCAUCCUCGGCAAUCAAAUGCUUUGCGAAGUGCCAUCAAGAAAUACAACCUGCAUU